GCCUCUCGAGAUUCUUGGCGCCCGCUCGCCGUACUUGUUCAACGCUUUGCAAGCCACACCCCCACUUCUCUCACACCCAACCUGAUCGCACACGUCUCUCGUCUUGUGGCUUCGACACUUCUCUUGGUUCUCCCUCGUCAACUCGCCUCUCCAUGUCGCCGUCAAUGAAUUCGAAUGUCGACCCUGUUGUAUCCGGAGGAACUAGGAGGGCGCAUGUGUGGGCGAAUCCUGAGCCUUCCUGGCCUUUUGCUAGUGUGUCACUACCACCCCAGCAUCCAUAUCAUCUCGGCAUGGACAGUAGGGCCGCAGGUUAUAUUCUGAUGCUGGCUUCAUUGCACGAUAGUCCUGCGAUGAGCCGGCCUCUUACUAGCUCACCUCCGUGGACCCUCAGCCAGCAAUGUACACAACGAACCCAACAGACGACAGCUUACCGCAUGCCGGCCCAGACCGAAGUAAUGGAAUUUGGAGCUCAACCGUCAAUUCAACCACGUCCUACCCAAAGCUCCGCCGUUACUCGUACCGACUAUUACGUUCCCCAGACUUCACCAAGGCCUUUCUCUCCGACGUUGCCUGAAGUGUUUGAACAGGUGGAAAGAGGCCCUUACGGAUCCACGCCAGCUUGCACUCUCCAACCGUCUUUUCCCUGCACUCCACCAAGAGCACCUUCGCCUACCGAGUCUGAGCUCUUCGAGGAGGUGGAAAGAGUCAGACAUGAGUCCGCACGACCUCCCACCCGCUAUCGGCUCUAUUCUAGCAUUAUAAAAAGGGCUCCUUCCCCAACAAUGUCCGAAUUCAUCGAGCAAGCUGAACAGGCUCGGUACGAGAAGAGGCGCAGAGAUUCCGGGUCCAAUUGCGGGUGGGAUUGAAGAUCCUUUGUAUCCUGAGUGCUGGAAUUAAGCCACACAUGUCCUUUUAGCGUUGAUGUUAGAAGGUUCAAGGUUCCUUGUGGUACAAGAGGUGGAGGGCGUUGUUACGUCAAUGUUAACGUCAAUGUUAAGAGGCGCCUGCGGUUCAAGUGGAGGAAGUCCACGACUGUUACAUUCUGGAAGAUUACACCUGUGUCUUGGGGGGUAUUGAUGUACUGGAUGAUUUGGGGUCCUCGCAGUGUGUUGGAAACGGAGUACGAGUUUUCUGGUCAGACACCACCAACAGCGCUUUGGAUGGCCUGAGCAUAUGUAUUAUCUUUGUACCAUCGCGGCCUACUUUUGUUCUUGUUUCUCUCCCAGUCCUGUGCCGCCUUGAAUUGGGCUCUUUUUGCCAAUCAAUGCAUAGGUGUUAAUAGAAAUUGAACAAUGUCAGAUGAUAUUUGCGUCUGCAUAUGCAUGAUGUGUCGG